AUGGCGACUUCGUCCGUAAUCGAGAAACUUCCUCUUCAUUCUGCAGCUAAAGAAAAUGACCUAGUUAAACUCAAGCAACUCUUACUCGAUGGAAAUUCUCAUACAGUUAAUCUUCGGGAUCAGCGCGGUAGGACGCCACUUCACUGUCUUUUAGAUUCCCCUGCCUUUACUGAUUUGGACGAAGUAAAGAGAGGAAUUCAAAUCCUGUUAGACAACGGAGCGGAUAUCAACAUCCAAAACAAACAUGGAGAGACGCCUCUUCAUACAGUGGUUCAGAUCUAUUUGGAAUUUAUUCCAGAAAUUAUUCGGUAUGUAUUGACUCAUAGCCAAAGUUACGUGAUGGAGGCACAGGAUGAGGACGGAUACUCAUUAUUUCACUUGUUUAUGUCCGACUUCAGUGACCAUGUCAAAGAAAACAAAAUAUACCAUCAAAUAUUGAAAGAAAAAGAAGAAUUUAUUCAAGCAUUACUUCGGGGAGAAAUUCUGAAAUUUAAUUUUUCUGCGCUUUUAAAUCAAAAAGAGCGCAAUGGGUAUUCGGCAUUCUACACCUAUAUUGGAAAUUCUACCUGUGCCACAGAUACUGUACAAUUAAUGAUCAGUUGCGGAGCUGAUGUAAACACUUCUUCUGAAAUAGGAACCACACCCCUUAUGGAGUCGGUGUUAAGAAGACGGAGGGAUAUUGUAGAAAUUCUUCUAAAGGCAGGAGCAAACCCAAACCAAACAGACAUAUUCGGCCAAAGUUGCAUUUUUCGUGUCUAUACUAACGAUUGUUUUGACUUGCUGAAUCAAUAUGGCGCCAAUUUCAAAAUAAAAGAUAAAUUUGGAAGAAGCCCGAUUACAAAUGUUGAACUUUACAUUUCAGAAGACCUACCUCAUUCAAACAUUGUCCUCUCGCAAAACUUUUCUAAAUAUCCACCUUUAUAUGAGAAGUUUCUAGAAGUUGGAAUGAAUUCCAACGAAGUUGACAAGCAUGGUUCUUCUCUUCUUCACUAUGGUGCAUGGCAUGGAGAUUCCAGAAUGAUCAAAGCUUUAAUAGAGCAUGGUUCAGAUUUGAAUAUUUUGGAUAACAGUGGCAACACACCUUUGGAUUUAGCAAAGCAUGUGAGAAAUGAGAAUGUUUAUAGCUUAUUUGGUGAAACAAAUGAGGAGGUUAAUCAAAAUAACAAUGAAACAAAAUAUUGUAGAUUUAUCAUAAAUGAAGCUGAAACAAACAAAAUGGAGACUGUGCUGAAUGAGUAUUUAGGAAUCAAUGAUGAUCCCGCUUGCCUGGUGAUGUCACUAGUGAAAUCUCCGAGGUUAGGAAUGACGGAAAUAAGACCAGAAGUUAGAGAAAUUAAAGCAGAAGUAACAUGCCUAAUGCAAAGAAUAGCAAGUGUUGUUGGAAGAUUGAAUCCACUUUUUUCCUGUACAGUUUAUCCAACAGGUAGUUCGUCAGAGGGUACAAAAGUAGGAGACCCAGACGAAUUCGAUUUUGUGUUCUGCUUGGAGGAAUUUUCAAAAUAUUGCGUUCCGCAUCAAGAUGAUGAUAUUUUAAAUAGUGGGUUUGUAAGUUUGAAGAUUCAGUCAGGAGAAGGUAUGGAAAAGUUUGAAGCAUUUCUUGAUGAAUCAACUCUUUCAGCAGAACUUGAUCGCGGAACCUUCCAAGAUUUGAUUACUUCUGCUCUUAACACCCCGGAUAUUUGGACAUCCAAACACUUGUAUUUCGAUGGUCUUCUUGGGUAUCCCAUGGAUAAACCAGUUUUAAAGUUAGAACUCCAUUGGUUUGGUCCCAUUAUGAAGCACGUAAGAGUCAGUGUAGAUAUUGUCCCUGCUGUUGAGAUAAAGCAUUGGAAACCCAUUGAAUUAACUGACAAAAAGGUUGCGUGUUCUAUUGAGGACCAGUAUUUGUUACUAUUCCAUUCACCAGAACGCUGUCAAUGGGACGACAAAGACGAUGAGCAUUUAGUGAGAAUUUCUAGCUCUCUGAUGGAAAAAUGCUUUCUAAAAAGUCUUCCUAAGAUCUGUACUGAAAGUUACGCGACAGCGAAAAUUCUAAAAAGCAUCAAUUUUCCCCCUAAGGUUCAGUUCAAUGAGGAGGUAGAUAUGGAAAAGAUAACAACAUCAGAAUUAAGAUUGCUGCAGCAGACAGAUUCAACUUCGACCAGUGAAUUGGAAGGUCAACAUAAAAAAGAGAAGGAAAACAAUGUGAGCGACAAUGAUUAUGAUAAUGAAGGUAUGCAAAACAAACAACCGUCUAAUCAAGUUCUGACAGUUCAAGUUUCACAGGACAUUUCGAAUGCUGAAGAGCAAUCUGUGAGUAUUGUGAAUAAAGCACAAACCUUUGACAACAACCCUGUCCUACCAUGGAUGAUGGAUAUUGAUGAAACUUAUAAGGUACGAAAGAUAUUUACACCAAAAGAAAACAAUAAAUCGAAGAAAAAAGUAUAUUUAGAUGAACAAAUGGGAAUGACCUGUACAACGUCAGUUUUUGAAAAAGACAGACAUAAAUUGAUUUGUUUCAAACCCAUGGAAUGUGGGCAGGAUUCAAAUAAUCUGAAUAAUCAUGUUAUACAAUCGGAAGAAAAACAGGUGGGUGGACAGUCAACAUACAGUCUCAACACAGAACAAGACCGUGAUUUAAAGCUCGACUUAGGUUUUCCUGAUAAGAACAUCGGCAAAAAUAUCGAUCGUAAUGGCAGCACUGAAGACAAUACAAAUGAUAGCAUCAAAAGUACAAAUGAUAAUACUGACGAAGAAGACGUAGAUAGCGAGGAAGGUUCUGAGGACAUGGAAGAUGAUUCGUCAUGUGAAACUGAGUGGGAAGGAGGUGAUGUCGCAUAUGCGUCAGAUGAAAUUUCGAGCUACAUGUUGAAAAUGUGUUUAUUUCAUGUUGUACAUGAAGUAAAAAACAAAACCGGUGAUAUGCCUACUUUUACUCUUUUGGAACUGACCAUAAAGAUUUACGAGAAGCUGCUGACAUUCGCUAAGGAAGGCCGUUUGCCUUCUUUUUUUCUUCCUUUUCUUGACGUUUUCACAUACGUUAACACUUAUAUAAAAGUAAUACCAGAAGAAGAUUUAGAAACUCUAACUAAGCAACAGUGUUCACGAAUUCAAGCCUUCUGUAAGGUUAUUCUUGGAAUACUUAAGCAAAACCGUGCAGGCGAAGUUACAUUGUACCAUAGGUAAUAGGUGUUGUGUAAUAUUUUUAAAAAGGACUACGAGCUCCACCUUUAUGUAUAAUUUAUAUCUUCCGUUGUGUAAACAACCCUUUAUGUAUGAAAGAGUAUGU